AUGAAAUCGCAUUUGCUUAAGACAGUUGGUAAUGUAUCUCUUACAUACGAAGAAUUAUACAGUAUCCUUGUUCGAGUAGAAGCAAUUUUAAAUUCACGACCAAUCACUUCGCUAUCAGCUGAUCCAUCGGAUUUAAUAGCGUUGACGCCAGGGCAUUUCUUAACUGGUGACAUAUUCCACGUUUUUCCAGAAGAAGAUGUGACGGCCAUACCUACUAAUCGUCUAACCAGGUGGAGAAGAGUCACGCAGUUCACGCAACAGCUUUGGCAGAGGUGGCGUCGUGAUUAUUUAACACAACUGCAAACUAGAGGUAAAUGGGCGACAUCCACAGGACCCGAACUAGAAGUGAAUUCAGUUGUGCUGUUGCGAGACGACAAUCGUCCACCGCUACAAUGGCGUAUUGGUCGAGUCACUGAAGUACAACCAGGUGCUGAUGGUGUGAUACGCGUUGCCACCGUACGUACAGUAGAUGGAUCGUUCAAACAUGCUGUACGACAGCUUUGUCCAUUACCAAUUGACACAUAA